AUGCAAAAAUCAGACGUUUGCGGGAUAAUGUGCCCACAACAUACGACUAGCACAUUUUGUGACCACAUUAUUCAGCUAGCAGAUAACACACAAAUCCAAACCGACCAUAUUCUAGUCAAAGCUGAUCACAACCAAUCCAUACCAUGCAUCGGAGCCAACGAGCAAUCGCUAGUGAACAGCCUCCAGUGGAUCUCUCUGUCCCACGAUAAGAAGAUCCUCGAGUAUUCGAAAAAUUCAGCAGUCGUGGUCUACGACGAUCCCAAUCGCAUCGGCCUGGCCAAAGACUACGGGAUGACCAUUCACCCGGUCAGAGCCUCCGACACUGCUGAUUACAUUUGCCUCAUAAACGGCCGUCCUGAACCAGAUGGAGUCGUCCAACUCAGAGUUAUGGACAUCACCGACCCACCUGGUAGGCCAUUGAUCACCAGCUUCACCUCCCGAACGGCUGACAUCUCUUGGGCAUCACCGUCCAACACUCACUUCAGCCCCAUCACUCAUUACAUCAUACGCAGCCGGUAA